CACCACCGAUUUCUGUAUACCACUAGUUUAAUACGCCUAUUGACGGUAGUAUCUUCUGACCAGGAAGGAGUGUUUUGUUAAGAGCCCUGACUCUUGCGCUAAACAUUAACACGCAUUGCUUGCGGUGCGGUUUUGUAAACUUAAGGAACGUAUCCUUUAUAUAAGCGAGAAUUUGGGGGUGGGGGGUUACAUUACUACACCUUGUUUAGGUUUCCCACAUGGCCGUAUUUCCACGUUUACAGCGCUUGUUAAUGGAAGACAGAGUGGACUACCUUUGCUAAUGAGCUAUCUGCUUCUCCGAACACCUGUGUGUAAACGUAAGACGGACACCACAAACGGGUUGUCACUGAAAAAUACUUGUCUGUAACCUUUAAAUCUCGUUAAAACGGUGUACGGUCCAAGGCUAGCUCUGGCAAGAUUAUUGUCAGAACUGCGCUGCAGCCCUGGACAGUUUGCCUGCCGCAGUGGGAAGAUGCAAUGCAUCCCCAUGUCCUGGCAGUGUGACGGCUGGGCGGCUUGUGAGGACAAGAGCGAUGAGUUGGACUGCCCCCCCAUGAAAGAGGAGACGUUUCACUUUGCCAAUGGGUUUGACCAAGUGGAAGAUGUCAUCGGUGUGGCCCAACCUGUGCGCUUUAACAAGAAGUGCCCUAGUGGGUGGCAUCACUACGAGAAGACAGCCAGCUGUUACAAAGUGUACCUGAGGAAUGAGAACUACUGGCAGGCUGUGGACACGUGUCAGAAAGUCAAUGGCUCUUUGGCGACAUUCGUCACCAACGAGGAACUGCAGUUCAUCCUCAAGAUUGAGGUGGAUUUCGACGAGGAAGUGUGCGAGCGCAGAGACCAGUGCAAGUUCUGGGUGGGUUACCAGUAUGUCAUUACCAAUCAGAACCAUUCACUGGAGGGCCAUUGGGAAGUGUCAUAUAAAGGGUCAAUGCAGGUGUUCCUGCCGCCAGAGGGCCUGACUAACUUUGGAGAGGCAUCUCCGACCCAGGACAACAUCUUCUGUGCCCAGCUGCAGCGCUUUCAGAUCAAGAGUAUGAACGAGCGCGGCCUUCACAGCUGGCAUGCCGAGAACUGCUACAAGAAGUUCCCCUUCCUGUGCAAGAGGAGGCAGACAUGUGUGGACAUAAAGGACCAGGUUGUGACUGAGGGGUACUACUUCACCCCUAAGGGGGAAGACCCGUGCCUGAGCUGCACAUGUCACAACGGCGAGCCAGAGAUGUGUGUGGCUGCGCUGUGUAAUCGCCCGGAGGGCUGCAAGAACUUCGGCAAGGACCCCAAGGAGUGCUGCAAGUUCACCUGCCUGGACCGGGAAGGCAGCAGCUUGUUUGACUCUAUGGCCAGUGGGAUGCGUCUGAUCGUCAGCUGUAUCUCCUCCUUCCUCAUCCUCUCUCUGCUGCUCUUCAUGGUGCACAGGCUCCGGCAGCGCAGACGCCAGCGCAUCCAAACACUCCUUGGAGUUCACCAUUUCAACCUUGGGCGGCGAGUCCCAGGCUUUGACUACGGCCCGGACGCUUUUGGCACUGGCCUCACUCCCCUGCACCUCUCUGAUGAUGGAGAGAGAGGCGCAUUUCAUUUCCAGGAACCUCCCCCUCCCUACGCUGCCUAUAAAUACCCUGACAUCCAGCACCCAGAUGACCCCCCUCCUCCCUACGAAGCCUCCAUCAACCCCGACAGCGUCCUCUAUGUGGACCUCGCACGCCAUGGCGUUCAGAUGAUCCCUAGUCAGAUGAGGGACGUGGUAGAUGCCAUGACAGACGCCCCAGCGCCACCUGUCCCUGUGCAAAUGUCCUUCCAGGAGCGGGAAGACUCCAUGGACAGCAGCACCCUACUGGUGGGGCCUGACACCCCCACAGACAGCCACGCCCCUGACUCCAUGCCUGUAGACUGCAGCAACAGCUCCUCCCUCAGCACUGUGGUAUAGGACUGGGGGAGGGGGCUGCUCCCGUCUGGACCCACGCCCCUGACUCCAUGCCUGUAGACUGCAGCAACAGCUGCUCCCUCAGCACCGUGGUAUAGGACUAAGGGGGGCGGGGAGCUGCUCCUGUCUGGACCCACACUUUGAGAGAGGAAGGCAGUGGCUGGUCUAUCACAUGGGGUCUGUUAGUUAGAAGAGACUGGGAUGGGAUGGAAAAAGACAGUGUAGAAACAGUAUCAGGGUAGACUGAAGGACCAGUCCACUUCUUGAGGUGUGAGGAAAAUCGGACUGGUGUGUUUCUAGAACAGGUGAACUGAAACCAAGUGGGUGUUUGUCAGAAACGUAACCUCUACAGUUUAACUUAAAUGCAGUGGAUCAGACCGCUUUCGUAUAGGUGAACACAGAUGGACGAGUAAGACAAUCAAAUGGAUCUGGAAGACUGAUUCUGUACAGAGAAGACAAACACUACACCAGGAUGAGCUACUGCUUUUAGUUUUCAUUGGACAAAGCUUUUGAAUUAUUUGGUUUGUUUGAGCUUCAUGCUCAAGAUUUCCCCCAAUAUAAACACUCCCUCAGGCCUUACACAAGGUAAUAAUGAAGGGGGAGGUAGAUGGAUCCACUUCAGCUUAAGUCCUUUGCACUUCUUAAUUUGCAUCCUACUGCUUAUGUCCUGGAGGCCGAGGCAGAACUUGGAUUUUCAGUUAUUGACAAUGACUCGCAUGACUCUGCUCUCUCUCCCAAGUCUCCUCCAUGAAUUAAAUACAUCGUUUUCCUAUCCCAAGCAUCGCCUCUGAACUUGGAUUUUUGCCCUCUAAUCAAUCUGAUAUACUAAGACGUCUUCGAGAUUGAUAGCACAAUGGUAAAUAGAACAAUGAGAGGUUCUUCUACAAGAGGUUUUUCAACCUUGCAGAAAUAUUUAGGUAUGGUUAUUGUUAGCUCCAGCUAACACACUGCUAUGUGUUGAUGAUGAGGUAAAUGUUACAACUUUUACAAGAAUCUUGCUAAAAUAUUGCAUUUUGUUCAUUAAUUUUUGUUGAUGUCCAUUGGUUGAGUAUUGUCCUUUUCUUGGGUAAGAAAUAGGCUGGGAAUUGUUGGGACCUGAACAUAGAUGAUGGGUCCCUCAUGUUAGUCAAUGAGUUCACCACAAGAAAGAGAAUGUCACUGGUGAGUGUGAAUUAAGGUUAGAGCUUCAUGUGUAGCUUGUAGCAAUGGUUACUUGCUGUUUUGUACCCAAUGAAAUGUGUAAAAGUAAACUUAUUUAGAUAGUGUUCUUUUCAUUAAAUCAUAUUAACGAUUUAAUACUAAAUUCAUUGGUAAAACAAUCUGUUACUUGACUAUGUGUGAGUAUAUGUAUGCACACGUAUAUAAAAACCAAACUUUGUUUUUUAACAUUUUGCACAUCACCUGUUUGCCAAGUAGCUCUGUGCAUUUGCUUUCAAUGUCAUUAAGUAUUUUAAAACUGAAUAUAUUUUGCAAGCAUAACUGAUAACGUGGGGAAGUGUAACAAACAUCAAUUGUGUCAUUUUUGGAAGCUGCCACUGGAUCCACUGUAAUAUAUUUUCUUGUCAAUGUACAUUGUCAGCUCAGUGUAUUUUAGUUUGACUAUAACAAAGGUGAUAUGACAUUGGAGGUUUACCUGGUUAGGUUCUAACGGUAGCCUAUAUGGCAUUGGGUGGCCAACCCCCUUUCUCAUGUUUCAUGAUAAUGACAGACAAAGAAAGUCUAAUGUAGUAAACAAAAAAACUACUAGGAAAGCCACAUAAUUUGACCCCAUUGUGACUCAAGGUGUAAAGACCUGUGAGAGCCCUGUUCAGUUCUUCUGUCGUGCUUGUUCACCUGUAGAGUUGAAAGGCCAAAGGAGAUAGAAGGCUACGAUGGCAGGCCUAUGAAAGCACAAACACCCCUAUGAGGGUUUUGGAACUACUUUGGUCUAAGCCCUUACCAGCCAGGAUCUACAAAGCAUGGUCAUCUAUUUGGCUGAAGUCUAUCACCAGCAGCACUGAAAUGGGGGGAAGAUCCACCUUGAGAAUCACAGCUGUGUGUGUGUGUGUGUACACUGUGUUUAUGUACAGAUGUAUGUAGCAUUGUAUCGUCAUUUUUUAAAAUGUUCUUCGGUAGGUCUCAAGUUGUUUAGUAUUUUUUUUCAGGAUAGACAAUCCUUUUGUGGAUUAUCCAAGGAAAUUAUGUUAUGAUUUGUAAAAAACAAAUGUAUUGUAAACUUGGUGUGCAUGUAUGGGGGAUGGUGUUUGGGAAUCAGAUCUCCAUCUUUGGACUCCCGAGUGACGCAGUGGUCUAAGGCACUGCAUCUCAGUGCUUGAGGCAUCACUACAGACACCCUGGUUAGAUUCCAGGCUGUAUCACAACCGGCUGUGAU